UCCUGCUGAUAUUUCGCUUCCAUCUCAUUCUCAUUCUCACUCUCACUCUCACUCUCACUCUAGCUCUCUCUCUCGCUCUUCUUUUGUGCACCCUUAUUCUCUCUCUAGCCUUCUGUCUCUCUCUUCACUUGUUCACGUUCCCUCCCCACCGUUGAUAAACACACAUUCUCUCUCUUAAUCACUCUCUUUCUCUCUCAUAUUCCUUCAUCCAACAUUCCCUCUCUUCUUGAUUAAUUUCCCUAUUUCAAACUGACCUCUUUCUCUCUCCUCCUUUUCCCUUUUAUAGGUACUCUUGAUUGGUCCAUUUCAAAGGGAUUCAGACCCUUUUAUUUUUCUCUCUCCUCUCCUUCCCACUACUAUAUAUAGUGCCACUCUCUCUCACUGUCUCCCUCUGCCGUUGCAUUUUCUCACAGAUCUGCAUUCAUUUCACUCUCGUUUUGCAGUGAGAGAGAGCCGCCAUGGCUUCAAAUGGGAAGUCUCGGUUUUUGCAGGUUUAUAACCGUCUCAAGUCAGAGCUUUUGCAGGAUCCUGCCUUUGAUUUUACUGAUGAUUCUCAGCAUUGGAUCGAACGAAUGCUUGACUACAAUGUACCUGGAGGUAAAUUGAAUCGAGGACUCUCUGUUAUUGACAGCUACAAGGUUUUAAAAGAAGGAAAGGAACUCGGUGAACAUGAAGAAUUUCUCGCAUGUGCACUUGGGUGGUGCAUUGAAUGGCUUCAAGCCUAUUUUCUUGUACUUGAUGACAUAAUGGAUGGGUCACACACACGGCGUGGACAACCUUGUUGGUUCAGAGUGCCUCAGGUUGGCAUGAUUGCUGCUAAUGAUGGAAUUUUGCUUCGUAACCAUAUUCCUAGAAUUCUGAGAUUACAUUUCAGGGACAAGCCUUACUACGCAGAUCUUCUUGAUUUAUUUAAUGAGGUUGAGUUUCAGACGGCUUCUGGACAGAUGCUUGAUUUGAUUACUACACAUGAAGGAGCAAAAGACCUCUCAAAAUAUAAAAUGCCAGUGUAUAAGCGAAUUGUUCAGUACAAGACGGCCUAUUAUUCAUUUUAUCUUCCUGUCGCCUGUGCACUGAUUGCGUCAGGAGAAAAUUUGGACAAUUUUGGCGAUGUGAAGAACAUUCUUGUUGGAAUGGGAACCUAUUUCCAAGUUCAGGAUGAUUACCUCGAUUGCUUUGGGGAUCCUGAGGUGAUUGGUAAGAUUGGAACAGAUAUUGAAGAUUUCAAGUGUUCUUGGUUGAUAGUGCAAGCCCUUCAAUAUGCUGAGGAGAACCAAACCCAGAUCUUAAAUGAAAAUUAUGGUAAGAGCGAUCCAUCCUGUGUCGCCAAAGUGAAAGCCAUAUAUAAUGAACUCCAACUUCAGAAAGUAUUUGCUGAAUAUGAGCGCAGUAGUUAUGAGCAGCUUAUUGCAUCCAUUGAAGCUCAGCCAAGCAAGGCAGUGCAGGAGGUCUUGAAAUCUUUCUUAGGAAAGAUCUAUAGGAGGCAGAAGUAGAAGUUGAUGAUAUGAAAAAUUCUGAAAAUAAUUUGAAGUCAGAAAGGGAGAAAUAUGAAUUCGUGUUUCUCUUGUUUCCACUUUCCAGUGAUUGGAUUGCAACCUGUAUUAUGGUGUAUUAGUGGCCCUUUUGUCUUUGCAAUUUCCAUGGAAAAACCCUUUCUAAUUGCCGUAUGAGGUUAUGAAACUUGGCUCCAGUGUUUCACUAUGGUGGCAAA